AUUUCAACGAUUGGAUGGACUUAGUCAGCGUUGGUAAACCCAAUCGGAAAACCCAUUUUCGAUUUUGAGAGUGUAAAGAAACAUAGUAGUGAGGAACGCGAUUAUAGUUUAAUGAAUAUGAAACCGAAAGUAGAGUCAUCUUACGGACGAAAAACAAUAACAAAAGAAUUACGCAUACUGUAAAUGUUUAUUACAUGAAAACUGACAGAUAAUCUGAUACUCGCAACAAGCAUAUCGUCGCUCACUGCAUACGAAUACUCUGUGCCGCUUUGCCAUGUCCGGUAUACACGUGUCAAGGCUGCCUAGCAACGUGUCUGACAAGCAGAUCCAGGUCUACUUCGGCAACCCUCGGAAUGGCGGUGGUCGCGUGACUAAGGUGUUACAUCCGCUCCCCCGGAGCAGCGCUGUUGUACUGUUCGAAGAUGAAGCCGUGGUGUCCCAGCUGUUGGGUAGCCAACACAGAAUGAUGAACCAAGAACUCGAGGUCACCAGGCUUCCAAAAUCGGUGUUCAGUCGAGUCCAAGCGGAUGUAGAUCCCCACGUGUCCGCGUUCAUGAGACAAAACGGUCAACUCAUCGACGAAUUGCAAUUUAUUGGGGACGUCAGUGUAGAGCCGUCUGGCGGCGGUCAGACGUACGUCAUCACCGGAACUUGGCACCAGCUCGAAUGGGCACUUCAUUACUUAAACACCGCCGUUGACGCAAUGGGGUUUACAGAGCCGAUGGUGUGUGGAACAAAUAUACCCUCGUCUGAGCCUAGAGCUGAACAGAUAACGUCGGAGGGGCCAUCUGCGUCUUCGAAAAGCUUUGAAAUAGCUCGUCCAAACUUUCCGAUUUUGAAACGUCCAGCAGACACGGAGCGACCGGAAGUGGUCGAUCAGGCGACCGGGCAUCCGCCAGAGUCACACGUGAAACGUCAUAAAAACAAGAACAAAAACUACCCGCCAAAGAAUGUCACCGGAUCAGAGGAACGCGUUUCAAGCGGAACCGGAAGUCGAAGAAUAAUCGACUCCACCUUGCGAAGUAAUUUAAACGACGAUUCGCAGGCGAACGACGAUUUUGUGAUACGGCAGAAUGAUCUGAACGCUUUUGGGUCCUCGGGUCCUUUUGGCUCCAUAGGAGACGACGAGACGUUGGGGCAGAGGUUGGCCAGGGAGCUCUCAGGGGUCGAGGGAUUGAAGCAGCUUCAGGACGCUUUCCUGGCAGGGCUAGGUCUCCCGUUUGACAGUGACUCGAGCAGCGACAACGACUCGGACACUUCCGGUCGACACGUGUCGUUUCAUCCGGACACAAUGUUCGAUCAGAGACCUCUUCCGAGGGACAUUCCGGAAAUGACGCGCGGAAUCGACGUCUGCAACUUAGGCGCCGCGAACGAGGCGACCCUCUCGUACUCGUUCAAGAUGACGGACACGUUGAGCGUCUUGGUCGCCAAGGAUGACAUAACCACGCAGACGACGAACGCCAUUGUGAAUCCGACCACGCGGAACCUGUCGUGCAUGACAGGAGUGUCGCGCGCCAUUAUGACAUCCGGCGGGCAGGACCUGCAGAUGGAGUGCCGACGACAAGUAGACAAGCACGGCGAACUGGAUGUGACGCAGGUGGUUCACACGGCCGCCGGUGGUAAGUUGAACCCGAACGUGGCGUUUGUCGUUCACGCAUUUGGACCAAGUUGGCGCGAAACUGAGAGCGAGAGGUCUACGCAUCUUCUUGUCUGUACCUAUCUGAACUGCCUCAUUUACGCGGACAAAACGCUCUGGGCGAAGUCUCUGUCAACACCGCUUAUCAGCGCUGGUCCUUACGGAUUCCCAGUGGACGUCUGCGUGUCCGCGUUCUACGACGCGCUGCUUUUGUACGUCGACAACGUGGGCACAAGCGCUCGCCUGGCGACGAUCAAUCUGAUCUGCUACGACGCCGACACCGCGGGCGCCGCCAUCAUGAUAGUGCAGUCCUUGCGUGACUGCGAUACAACCCAGGCGGCAGCAGCCGCUAUGGAUCGUUAUACCAUCCGAAAGCUUAAUUUUGAUGUUGCUGCUGAACUCCUCGAGACCACCAUGCCCAUAACUGAUGACCAUAAUGAUGAAUUUAUGGAUUACGAUGAUGAUGAAAUCGACGUCAAUAAUACAUUAAAGGCAAUGAAACAAAGAGAACAAGUCAAAGCGAAUAUCACGGACGAUGGCAAAGAAGUCAAUGCUUCAGGGAUAAUAAGAGCGGUCAAAGUUGAUACUAAAUUCCAGAACUUGGAUGGUGGCAGCGAUGCAAAUGUCCCUCGCGUCGAUGAUCAACGUAAAUGUAAGGCAACGGAUGACGACAGAGAGAAGGUAAAUCGUGUUGUUGACGAAUCAGAAGACAGCGACGAUGACAAUGAACAUACUUGUGUAAUUGAUAAGGAUUUAGAGAAAGUUGAAUACUGUUCAAACAAAGUCGGCGCGGAGGGGAAAGAACAAGAAACCGAAGGUUUGCCUGAAGAAAUUGAAGAAGGCAUGCAAGAAAUGAAUAUUGACGAUGACAAGGAUAAUGACGAUGGCAAGGAUAAUGACAAAGAUAUUGACGAUCAAAAGGACCAAGCGGUAGUUGUCACAAGUAAAGCAGAAGAAAUAGCUGAAGGCGAGGAUGUCAAACUUGAAGCGGUAGUUGUUACAAUUAAAGCAGAAGAAAUAGCUGAAGACGAGGCUGUCAAACAUGAAAAGAAAGAUACGCCAAUUGCCAGUGGAAUCGUUGAUUACGCCACGCAUACCCCAUGCGACGAAGAAGAAAUAAUCUAGCCUAAAAUAGAAAUAAUCAAGAACGCGAGACCCCUUCAGUCGACAAUUAAGAUGUCGAUCAGGAAAAGCUAUUUUAAUAUUAACUGGUAAUAUUGUUUGCUGUCUUGUUGGAGAUCGUUGCGUUUGGUUUUAACAUUUACAAUUUUUAGUUCAUAUAAUGUUGUUGUUGUUUUUUGUUGUUAUUUUAUAUAUGUUUAAAUCCAAACAAAUGUAAAACACACAUUUUUAUGAGCUUCCAAAUGGUUGGCGGUGUUGCGUUGAAAUAGAUCGGUAUCAUGUCAAUGGUAUUUGUGAAACCUUCGUGUACAUGUCGACGUGGUAAUCCCCAGUGAAUGGGCACAUUGACUGACUUGUAAUUAAGAGACGUGACAUCGCUUGGAAUCUCUGUCUAGGAAUACUGGCAUCUACCUUUGUGUGAUUUAGGGUAUUUCAUAAGUCAACAAUAUGUCAUUUUCACCUAGGAAUUCUGGUCUUCUUGCUACAUGUAUAUGCGUUGUUCAAUUAUCAUUUAUUGUCAGUUUGAUAAUUUCUUUUUAGUUCGCAUAAUUUGUGUAAGUAUGGAAAACGACAGGUAGUUAUGUUACAGCUAGCUUAAUCAAAUAAAUUGAACUCAAUUCGAA